AUGGCCCGAAUUGUUGUUGCUCACGCAUUUGAUGUGGAGCCCCCCAAAGACCAACAACAUCCGGUAAAAUGGUAUCGCUCAACAUUCUAUAACCUUACCAUUCUCGGCCUCUGCAACUUUAUGGCCCCCGGCAUCUGGGGUGCCAUGAACUCAUUGGGUGCCGGUGGCGCAGAGUCACCGGCGCUGGUCAACACGGCCAAUGCCCUGACCUUCUGUCUCAUGGUACUUUCGUGCUACUACUCUGGUGCCAUUGUGCACUACAUUGGCAUCAAGUAUGCGCUCGUCAUCGGAACCAUCGGUUACGCACCCUUCGCCGCUGGCCUGUAUACCAACAACCGCUUCGACAACAAAUGGCUGGUGCUUCUGGGAGCUGCACUCUGUGGCCUCUCUGCUGGCAUAUUCUGGAUGGCCGAGGCCGCUAUCGCCAUCUCGUACCCUGAGCCGUGGAACAAGGGCAAGGCCCUGGGCUACUGGCUAACAUACCGCCUCUGCGGACAGAUUCUCGGCGGUGCCAUCAAUCUAGGAAUCAACGCCAAUAACGACAAGGCUGGCAAGGUGUCGUACCAUGUAUACGAGGUUUUCAUUGCGCUGCAAGCUGCCGGCCCGUUUGUGGCCUUCUUCCUCAACAAGCCAGAGCAGGUGCAGCGACGCGAUGGCCGGAAGGUCAACCUAGACAUGACUGAAAGCCCAUGGAAACAAGUCAAGCGGACAACAAGGCUCUUCUUCAGCAAAAAGUUCCUGCUCGUCGUCUUUUGGAUUGGCCAGGCCGCGAUUUUUCAGAGGCCGUCUAUUUUACAUACAUUGACGCACUUCCUCGACCGCAGCAGUAUCUCACUGCGGCUGCGCACUCGCUGGGCGUUCUGGACCAUCGUCGUGCUGCAGGGCGCCUGGUGGACCUGGAUUACCGUCAUGGUUGCGCGCUACCGACACGAGAAGCCGACGUUAGACUGGAAUGACGGCGGGUUCGGUGCCGGAUUCGGCGUCUACGUGAUGCUGACGAUCGGCUUUCAGGUCAACUAUCUAUUCUUGUACUUUAUCGUCACCAACCUGGCUGUGUUCGAAUACGAUGUGGUGCACUUUGCGGCGCUUCUUCGAGGCACCGAGUCUGCCUGGCAGGCCAUCAGCUACGGUCUGACAUCUCUGACCAUCUUCGGCGAGGUUGGUGGCGUUUACUUCAACUUUGCGCUCUGGGCUGUGGCCGUGCUACCGGCUUGGCUCGUCCUGCGCCACUUUGGCUCAGACCAGCUACACGAAGAAGUCUCAAAAGAACCCGAAACUGACCAUGAGGCUGUUCUAGAGGAAAGUGUUAAAGCAGAGAAGGAGAAGGUGGUUGACGUUGCUGCAACCAAUGCAGAUUGA